AUGUCGCGAUCAUCACUACGCCUCUUGGCGACCUCAGCGCGCACACUGGCAGCCACGCCUUCGUCUUCCCGAACUGUGUCUACAAGGGUACCCUCAUCCUACGUGGCAGCUGCGGCAGUCUACCGCCGAACGACAGCAUCGCUUCACACUUCGCAUUCACCGAAGGCGUCGUCCUCGUCUUCGUCCUCGAUCUCGAAUCGACCCGAGUUCUCAUGCGUAGAUGCAAACGAGCGCAGGGGCCAGAAGCUACAAGAUCUCGCUGAUCAGGCCAAAGCAGAAGCAGCAGCGGCCACAGCAUCGACAUCGUCGUCGGUGUGUGCGACGCCAUCCUCGAACAAUCCUUCGGUCGCAUUCCCCUGUGUCGACGCCAACGAAGCACGCGAGACGAGGCUACGCGCGCAACUUGCCUCGCCGCAACUGCCUGAAGACUCCGCCACCGCAGCGCAGAGCGAAGUCGACGAGUCCGGGCCCGAACCCUCCUACACAAAGGUUGUCAGCGGCUAUCAAGUCUACCACCAUGCGCACCCUUUCCGGCUGGACUACGGCGGCGAGCUGCCCCAGUUCGAUCUCGCGUACGAAACGUGGGGGGAGCUCAAUGCCGACAAGAGUAACGCCAUCCUGCUGCACACGGGUCUGUCCGCCUCGUCGCAUGCCGCCAGCACGCCCUCGAACCCGGCCAAAGGGUGGUGGGAGGACUUUGUGGGGCCCAACAAGCCGCUCGAUACGAACCGCUUCUUUGUCAUCUGCACCAAUGUUCUCGGCGGCUGCUACGGCUCGACGGGACCUUCCUCCCCACAUCCGCUCGACCCCACGGGCGCAGCCUAUGCAACCCGAUUCCCCAUCCUGAGCAUUUUCGACAUGGUGCGUGCCCAGUUUCAGCUGCUCGACCACCUCGGCAUCCGUACACUCUACGCCAGUGUCGGCAGCUCGAUGGGCGGGAUGCAGUCCAUCGCUGCUGCGCACCUGGAGCGCGAUCGCGUUGCUCGCUUGAUCUCGAUUAGCGGGUGUGCCAGGUCGGCGCCCGCGAGCAUUGCGUUGCGCUAUGCGCAGAGGAGCGUCUUGAUGAGCGACCCGAAUUGGAAUCGUGGGUUCUACUAUGCCCCUGGCUCGCUGCCUCCGCACACGGGCAUGAAGCUGGCGCGCCAGAUCGCGACGUUUACGUACCGGAGUGGGCCGGAGUGGGAGCAGCGGUUUGGACGGGCGAGGCGCGUGGCGGGGGGUGAUGAGGAGGAGUUAGACCCGGCGCUGUGUCCCGAUUUCCUGAUCGAGACAUACCUCGAUCACCAGGGCGAGUCAUUCUGUCUCAAGUACGACGCAAACUCGCUCAUCUACAUCAGUAAGGCGAUGGAUCUGUUCGAUAUGUCGGACCAUGCAUUGGCGGACCUGCAGCGUCGGCGGGUUCGAGCGCACGGGGCUGAAGAAGAGGGGCUGGCGGUGGGUGAGACACAGCCGGCGCCACGACCGCGCAAGCGCCAACAUAUCAGCACGCUCUCGUCGCCCGCAGCCCACGCGUAUGUGCCUGCGCUCGCGCGUGGCAUGGCCCGGCUCUCGCAUAUCCCGACGCUCGUCAUUGGCGUCCAGAGCGACAUCCUGUUCCCCGUCGAACAGCAGCGCGAGAUCGCCGAGUGCCUCAGGCUCAACGGCAACGACCAGGUCAGGUACUACGAGCUCGACGCCCCGCAUGGCCACGACAGCUUUCUCAUCGACGUGCCCAACGUUGGCGGCGCUAUCCGCGGGUUCCUGGAGUAA